AAAUGUUUUGCGGAUCUGGUCACUGUUUCACACAACUCAAAAGUCAGUCAAUUUUAAGGCUGAACGUGUUUAGGAUAGUUCGCCAAUUUUAACGGUUUUCUUGGUAAUGCAAAAGGACUAAAAUAUUUACUACCUCCGGAUGGUAUGUUAUCGGUCGGGUGUUUUGGAAAGCACGAUAACCUAUCGUACAAGUAUCAUACCAAAAGCAGCAUUUUGACAAAGUCAACCAUUCUGAUAACCAACGCAAACAUCAAAGUCCUGGAAAACAAUGGAUUCGACUAAGCAAACAACCAAACUCGACGGGGACUUCCUAAAGGAACUGCGCGACUACUGUGUCUGCCACGAGAUACCACUGCCCACCAUAUCUAUUGACAUUUUAAAGCACCAAGACUCUCCAGAUGCCCCGGAAUUCGUAGCCUGCUGCUCAGUUGCUUCCAUAGUUCGCUUUGGAAAGUCGAUUAACAAAGGGGAUGCCGUCCAGCGAGCUGCCGUCGAAAUGCUUGCCGCAAUUUCAAACGAGGUUCAUAAAGUGCAGGGUGAUUGCACAAAGCCACCGAAAGAAGUCCCAAAAACGAGCGAUGGAUUAGAAUCGGAGCGCAGGAUGAAGUUUAAAACCUACAGGGAGCUUACAGAUACCGGAAUUGUGGAUAGUGAAGGUUUGCGCCUCUGCGAUCGCCACAAGUACUUCAAUCACUUAUAUCCUUCGCUGAAGGAGGCAGCUUUCAAGGUCAUCCGUUCGGACGAGUACGCCAGCUCCAAGGAUAAGGCCUUGAGCCUACUACUUGCCCUGAAGAUCACACCCUCUAUAAGACUCUUGAAAUCUACUUCGAAUGAACCCCUGAUGUGUAUCGAGCUGAAUUGCGACCUCGACGUGGUCCUCGUGGCCCUAGAAAGUGAGAUUUUCGACCAAGUCAUCAAUUACCUAAGUAAUAUGUUAGUUUAAAAGUACAUCCUUGUCAGUCAUAUUAGAGUACUCGCAUAGAUUUACAAGACCCCGGGUCGCGUCUUAUCCAAUGAAUUAAACAUAAUAAUUCGUCACAAACA